AUGAGGCUCUUAUAAAAGCAGCGACGAGCAACCGCUGAGGAACUACAACGAUGAAGGUCGCCGUUCUGGUCUUGUGUGCGGCUGCGGUGAUCGCAACCGCGACUCCCGUGAUCGAAGAAACCGAUGAAAUCGUCAGCGAUAAUAUCGCACCGGAAGAAAUCACCAAAGCAGAUGAAGAGGUUUUAGGCAAUGCUACGCUGAGGAUCGCCGAUGUAGAGUUCGAGAAGCCUCUGCAAGAAAACGAAGAGAAAAUUUCGUACGCCGGCAGUCAAUUGUGGAAAGUGGUCCUCGAGACCAACAGCAAGAAAAAAGUGAUUGCAAAAUUGCGAGACACCAGAGAUCUUUCGAUGUGGGGUGGGAAUUUAACUGCAAUCGAUGUGUUGGUCAAGGCGAAAUCCAAGGGUUUGGUGAAGAAUCAGCUGGACUUGAAUGGUAUUCAAUACGAGAUUAUCAUUGAUGAUCUGCAGAAAGCCAUCGACGACGAGAAUCCACCGGUGGAUGAAGAUGAAGACGAAGGACUGGAAAACAGACAAGGUCAUCGGAUGACCUGGCAAGCCUACCACAGGCUGGACGACGUCCACAGCUAUUUGGACUACUUGGAGCAAACCUAUCCAGCGUUGUGCAGCUCGCAGGUGAUCGGCAGCAGCGUCCACGGAAGACCUCUGAAACUGCUGAAGAUCAGCAACGGAAAACCGGGAAAUAAGGCGAUCUGGGUGGAUGGUGGUAUGCAUGCCAGAGAGUGGAUUUCACCAGCGACGGUGACUUACAUCAUCAACCAUUUGGUGCUGAACAUCGACUCCGAACCAAAUGAGCUGCAGAAUAUUGACUGGUAUUUCCUGCCGAUCGCCAAUCCAGACGGUUACGAGUACUCUCACACCACGGACAGACUGUGGCGUAAGAAUCGCGCCAGGUCCGGUCAAUGCGCCGGUACCGAUCUCAACAGGAAUUUCGGAUACAAAUGGGGAGGCAAAGGAAGCGGACGCAAUCCGUGCCAGGAGAUAUACGCCGGGACCGGACCUUUCUCCGAGCCAGAAACCGCUGCGAUUCGUACCUUCAUCACGUCCACGAAAGCAAAGUGGAGGGCUUACGUGUCCUUCCACUCCUACGGCCAAUACAUUUUGUAUCCAUGGGGAUACGAUAGAGUGGUAACACCGGACUACAAGGAAUUACAAACUGUAGCUCAAAAGGCUUCCAAUGCCAUAAGAGCUUCCGGAGGACCAGCAUAUACAUUCGGACCGGCCGGCAGCACCUUGUAUCCAGCAUCAGGAGGAUCAGAUGAUUGGGCCAAGGGCACUGUCGGAAUGAAAUACGCGUACACGAUCGAACUUAGAGAUUCAGGUCGUUACGGGUUCGUUCUUCCAGCGACGUACAUCAAACCCACGGCCACAGAGGCGUGGCAAGCACUGCGGGUCAUAGCCCAGGCAGCCGCAGCUUAAAUUACACCUUUACUCUAUUUAAUC